AUGGAUUUCAGACUAAUGGGUUUAGAUUCUCCACUGUUGAACACUCUCCACCACAUUAUGAAUCUUACAGACGACACUACCGACAAGAACUUAAACGCUCCAACACGAACAUACGUACGCGACGCAAAGGCAAUGGCUGCAACUCCGGCGGACGUGAAAGAGUAUCCAAAUUCAUACGUGUUUGUGGUUGACAUGCCUGGAUUGAAAUCUGGUGACAUAAAGGUUCAGGUGGAAGAUGAGAAUGUGCUAUUGAUAAGUGGUGAGAGAAAGAGGGAAGAAGAGAAAGAAGGUGUUAAAUAUUUGAAGAUGGAAAGAAGGGUUGGUAAGCUUAUGAGGAAAUUUGUGUUACCUGAAAAUGCUAAUGUUGAAGGCGUGUCUGCUAUUUGUCAAGAUGGUGUUCUUACUGUUACUGUUAAUAAAUUGCCUCCACCUGAACCUAAGAAGCCCAAGACUAUUGAAGUUAAGAUUGCUUGA